AGAGAGAGAUGAGAUGAGAGAAAAUUAGUUCAUGGGCUGCUGACAUAAAAGAAAGGGUCAGUGGUUCUACAGUUAUUAACGCAUAGGCUUGAUUUGUCUUGCAAAACCAACAAAAGUGACUUCUCAUCCACAACCCUAAACCAACCCACUUUCUUUAUUUUUCCGCUGGUCAAGAAUUCUUCUUCUGUUCUCUCCCUACAUAUCUUCUUCAGGGCUUCUCUUCAUCACUCUUUGGCUCUAUAGAAGUUCCGGCGGUUUGUAAUUCAGCGCUACUCGGAACGGAUAGAUCGAUGGACAAUUCCGGAGCUAACAAAUUGGGCGGUGGCGGUGGUGUUGGUUCUGGAGAUGAGGGCAAAGUUUGCACUCGCGGACACUGGAGACCUGCUGAGGAUGAAAAACUCCGGCACCUUGUUGAGCAAUAUGGAGCGCAUAAUUGGAACGCGAUAGCCGAAAAGCUUCAAGGAAGAUCAGGCAAGAGUUGCAGAUUGAGGUGGUUCAAUCAGCUGGACCCGAGAAUCAACAGAAGGCCUUUCACGGAGGACGAAGAAGAACGGCUUUUGGCAGCGCAUCGCAUUCAUGGAAACAGGUGGGCACUGAUAGCUCGACUGUUUCCGGGUCGAACCGAUAACGCCGUGAAGAAUCACUGGCAUGUCAUAAUGGCCAGAAAGCAAAGGGAAGAAUCAAGGUCAUUGCCUAGUUACAAGAGGAGUUACCAAGAUUCUCUCAUUGACUUCAAGGGUUUGCAUGGUAUUGGGAAAUCGGCAUUUGUUGUGGAGCCUAACUCUAAUUAUGCAUUGGAAAAGAAGAAAGAUAGACAUUUCGAUUCUUCUUUGCUUUCUUGGAAAUUUGCCCCAUCUGUGUCAGCGGCGAUGGCUACGACAGCAUCGUCCAUGGUGGAAUUCGCCCGAGGAGAAAAGAGAGACUAUGGCGCUUCUGGGUUUGGUAAUCGCAUUAGUGAGAGCUAUCAAUCCUUGAACAAUAAUUUGCCAAGUUAUGGUGCACUCGCCCGUCCGAAUUACACAAGUACCCUGAAGUAUCCGAGACAUGGAAAUGACUAUGAAGCAACUUGGAUAAUCGGAAAAGAUGACAGCGAUCUCCGUGACAGUUUGGCAAACGCGAAUACGAUGGCUUCUGGGCAAGGAGAAGGAAAUGAAUCCAUCGUGCGCAAGAAUGUUCCCUUCAUUGAUUUUCUUGGUGUAGGAAUCACAUCUUGAUGAUUAUAUGACUGAAAUUAGUUGCAGCUCCUAGCUAAAUUAUGACGGUUUUGUUUCUUCAUUGAAAACAUUACGUAGAUGAGAGCCUUACUCUGUCUUUCGAAGUCAUUUUCUGUGUAGCAUGGAAAGGAAUAGGGCAGCUUAGUGCUGGAGAACAUUAUACUGUAAUACUUUUAUUUUUGGCAUGCUGUUCCUGGAAAAAUAUCACAUUUCAGUUUAAUUUAGAGCAAUGGGGAAAAUAAAUUAUUUCUUUCA